CUCAUCACACCGAACACAGAGAAACCGACAACCCAUCUUUUGUUCUGCAAUAUCACCUUCGCACGACGACACCGUCCGUUGUCCGCGACACAUACAUACCAGUCCUCACAACUGUGUAGCUGCUGUAUGUGAGAUAGUAUAUGUUACGGCAGUUUGCUCAAGUCUCCUCGCCGCCUGAAACCCCUGCCUUUUGCUCUCCACCGUCAAACGAGCCCAAUCGCGCGUGGGAACCCUGCACAAAACACCACCAAACCCCUCGAAUAACCGUACUUUCCCACCACCAUAACCUGACCACCCCGCAUACCACAAUCCACCCCACACCACUCCCGUACCACAGCAUGGCGACUGGUCCCGACGACGACUGGCCGCAGCGGUCUCGGCCAUUGUCCCCGGCCGAACCCAAUUACCAUUUGCCGUCUCACCAUCACCAUCACGGCCAUCAUGCCUCCGGCGAGGGCCACCAACAAUCUCACCUAAUAUCGCUCCCGCACCCUCAGAACCAUGGAUAUCACCACCAACUGCCACAGCCAGCGAUACUGCAGUCCCAGACGUCCUCCCACAGGCCAAGUGAUGACCUGUCGAGUUUUUCAACUUCGAACUUUGGGACGUCAUCGGCGCCGCACAGUCCUGGGCUAAAGUCGGCAGGAAGCCAGCAACAAGCUUACGCGUUAUCUCGCCCGCCAUCAUAUGAUUCGAGUCCUGCCGAAGAAGCUGCGGCGAUGAGCUUCAAUUCCACCUCUAUACCCUCUGAAUUUGUGUCGCAACGCAAGUUCUCCAUUGACACAAACCUCAAGGUGGAAUAUGACCCUCCGUCGCCGACUUUCUACACUCUUCCGCCAAUGGAUUCGCCAGCGGGACGUCGUCGGACCCUACCAAUCGAACCAUUUGCGGUCAACAUUGGCCCAUUCUUCAAGCCAACGAAGCAACUUCAUAACAUCUGCAGCAUCGACCGUGCAAGAUUGUAAGGAAUUUGAACGCGAGCGAUUCGUUUGACACUGAUAUCAGUGCUGCAUACUUAUUCAUCUUUUGCGACAUAGAUAUACCCUACGCGUCCAUCCAAAGGUUGACCGCGGA